AUGGUGAAUGCCUUUUCAUUAGGUCCACUAAAUUUCUGUGGUGAUGUUCUGGCAAGUGCUAAGUCAAUAUGCGGUAUAAAUUAUAAAACCCCAGGAAUGAUAGCGAAAUUUUCUAACCUAUUAGCCAAUGAUGUACAAACAUUCACUAAUACUGCACUUAACCUGGCACCAGCAUCACAAAUAAAGACUUCAUGUAGGGCAGACAUUAAAAAUUUCUAUUGCCGAUUAUUUUUUCCUUCCUGUAACGCGGCUUCUGAGUUGAUAUCCUACAAUCUUCCAAACUGUACUACGUACGGAUUAUCUUGUCCUAAAAAAGUCUAUGAUCGAGCCCAUGCUUUAAAUCUUUGCAAAGUUGUUCCUAAUGGUUCAUUCAGAACUGAUGUAUGUGUUAAGCCGUCGACUGAAGGUACUACGAUAUGUCCUAAACCACCCUCUAAGCUCUUAGUUCCUCAAUGGUUAAAACAUGAAGAUAGACUUAAUGAUCGUUCUGCUCAAGGCAUUACCUCGGCACUUAAAUUUUAUAACGCCUCCACCAGUUGCACAAAAAGGAUGCAACAAUUUGUAUGCGGAUCUCAACUAUUUUGCUCACCAGACAAAACACAACUAUUGACCACUGCUACUCAAAGGACAUGCAUGAACGCAUUGAAAUGUUUGCCUGUGAAAGCCAAAUUAGCAUUGGACAAAUUCUUCGAUUGCAGUCUUCUUCCACAUGAAAAUACAUCAACUCCAAUCCGUGUUCCUAAUGAUGCUGCCUUAAUAUCAGGAACAAGUCAAUUAUGUUACAGGCUGUCAACUAUCUGGGUCCUUGUAACAUACCUCUUUCUCAGAUUUCUGUAA